GAACUCAUCCGUUAAGAUUUUGUUCAAUUCAGGCCAAAUUCUCUUCACAGUUCGCCGGAGAACGAUUUCACGUCCGAUAAGGUUAAUUAUUCACUUGGUGUUUUCACUGUGAGCGAGUGAUCUUGCAUUUUUUUCUACUGGAAAGAUGUGCAAGUAAGAUUAAUGGCAUCAUCGUCUGAUUCACAUACGACAGUCCAUGGAAGUACAUAUGCAGAUCUCUACAAACCGGCCUUAAUAGUUGCAGCUUCCUUCGCAGUUUUGGCACUCAUUCUCUCUCUUUUUCUCAUCCUUCGACAUCUCAAGUCAUACACCAAGCCUUCAGAACAACUAUGGGUGGUUUUUGUUGUUUCCAUGGUACCUGUUUAUGCGACUUGUUCGAUUAUAUCCUUGUGGAAGCCAAAGCUGUCUGUACCAUGUGACAUUCUGAGAAACUGUUAUGAAGCGUUUGCCUUGUAUUCUUUUGGAAGCUACUUGGUUGCUUGUCUGGGAGGUGAGAGCAGAGUAGUAAAAUUACUUGAAAAUCAAUCUGGAAAGCUCCUAAACGAAGCAUUGGUAGAAGGAGAAGAUGAGAAUAUCAGGAAACCACACUGGUCUCUUCGCGACUUCUUCUUCCGACCAACUAUUAUUGGGAAAUAUUUGUUCACAAUAGUGAAAUUCGGUCUUGUUCAAUAUAUGAUUCUGAAGACAGUGUGUGCAUUCCUUGCACUGGUGUUGGAAAUCUUUGGCGUCUAUGGAAAUGGGGAAUUCAAGUUGUACUACGGGUAUCCGUACAUCACGAUAGUACUGAAUUUCAGCCAGAUGUGGGCAUUGUAUUGCCUUGUGAAAUUCUAUAAUGCGACUCAUGAAAGACUUCAACCAAUAAGGCCACUUGCAAAGUUUAUCAGCUUUAAGGCUAUUGUGUUUGCAACUUGGUGGCAAGGUGUGGGUAUUGCACUGUUGUGUUCUUUUGGUGUUCUUCCCAACCAGGAAAAACUACAAACAGGGUUGCAGGAUUUCUUGAUUUGUAUAGAAAUGGCAAUUGCAGCUGUUGCACAUGUGUUUGUCUUUUCGGCAGAACCUUAUCAUUACAUUCCAUUGACUUCUGGGUAUGAGAAGAUCACCACUACUGAAACAACCAGUGAGGAAGUAGUGAAGUUGGAGGAAGGUGACAGUACACAAGCUGUGGUUGAAACAAAAGAAACUCAGGUCAAGGCUCCUGGAACAAGUGUGAGAGAGAGUGUUCAGGACAUAGUUAUGGAAGGUGGUCAUCAUGUUGUCAAGGAUGUUGUGUUGACCAUAAAUCAAGCAAUGGGGCCAGUGGAGAAGGGCGUGACGAAGGGUGUGACAAAGAUACAAGAAACCUUCCACCAAAGAUCAGAUGAUCAAGACAAUAAGUCGGAGGUAUCAGUUGAGGAGACUUUUGAGGUGACUCUUUCCGAUGAAGAAACACACAUGGACCUCGAGAAAAGUACUAUAUCUGAAAGAAGAAUGUAGUUAGUGUAGUCAAAACUUUGAUGGAAUUGAUUGAAGUAGUGCAAUUGAAACGAAUAGCAGGCUGAAAUGUUUAGUGGUUUAGUUGGGGUAAAUUGAUGACUUCUACCAAGAGUGUGAGCAUUCAGUGCGUGUUACAUACAUACAUGCUGAGUCGAAAUGCUGGAGAAGCAUGAACAGCAGUCUUUUUGUGUAAGGAGGCAAUACACACAAGGGACUUUUCCCCAAGCAAUUAGGAAAGUAUCCUCUCCUGCUAAGAGUAGGAAAUUCUG